AUGACAUCGACUGACAAGGCUGUCGCUCGCAAUAUUGGCCCUGACAUACCCCUUCCUUCCGAGAAAGAGCCAGAUAUAUCCCACACAACGAGAGAUAAGGUUGAUGAUCAUGGAAAAUUGGAUCAAGAGUGUCUCGAUCGAGAGGCUCAGGCUGGUGUGAAGGCAGUCCAGGCUACGGCAGCCGUGUGGACCAAGUGUCAUUUGAUCCUGGCUUAUGUGAUCAUUUGGUUUAUUUAUUUUGUUACCUCCAUCCAGGAGGUCGUCAUCCGUUCUCUCAACCCCUACGUGACCAGUGCCUUUAUGCUCCAUUCUUUGACUGCUGCCACGAGUAUUAUGGCCAAUAUCAUUGGAGGAUUGAGUUAUAUCCCUCUGGCAAAGCUACUAGACUCAUGGGGUCGGCCUCAGGGUAUGACUUUGACGAUGAUCAUCUGGGUUGUGGGAUUCAUCAUGAUGGCGGCCUGCGACAACGUUCAAACCUACGCGGCUGCACAGGUUUUCUCUUCCGUGGGAUCUCAAGGAGUCAGCUAUUGUUUGACAGUUUUCAUCUCAGACACCUCCGCGUUGAAAAACCGAGCCCUCAUGUUGUCGUUUGCAACAUCGCCAUACAUAAUAACCACUUGGAUUGGAGGACCAAUUUCCCAGAGUGUCCUCGAAGGGCCUGGCUGGCGAUGGGGAUUUGGAAUCUUCACCAUCUGCGUUCCGAUUGUGGUGGCGCCUCUGUGUCUAUUGUUCUUCUGGAAUCAGAAAAAGGCCAAGAAGAUGGGAUUGCUCUCACCAAGCCAUGGUCCGCUCACCUUGGCAACAGUAAAGCAAUACUGCGUUGAGGUCGACUUGGUUGGGAUCAUCCUUCUAGCGGGCGGAAUGGCUUUGUUCCUUCUUCCGUUUAGUCUCUGGUCAUAUCAAAAGGAUCAAUGGCGCUCCGCCAUGAUUAUUUGCAUGAUCGUUUUUGGAGGACUUUUGCUCAUCACUUUCGCUAUCUACGAACGAUUCUGGGCCCCGGUGACCUUCAUUCCAUUUAAGCUAUUGAUGGACCGAACCGUCUUCUUUGGUGGGCUCAUGUUCGUCUUCGAGUUUUUCAAUUCGAUGGUCUGGGGUAGUUAUUUCUCAUCAAUGCUCCAGGUUGUGUGGGGUCUGAAUGUGACAGAAGCCAGCUAUGUCUCGGCAAUAUACAGAGUCGGAUCCUGCCUGUUUUGUCUCCUGGUCGGCUUCCUGAUCCGAUGGACUGGUCGAUUCAAAUGGCUAGCCGUUUAUUUCUCUUAUCCACUUAUGAUAUUGGGUGUUGGGCUGAUGAUAAAGUUCCGCCAGCCCGAUGCGGGCAUUGGGUAUAUUUGCAUGACUCAAAUCUUUGUUGCCUUCGCUGGUGGAACCACUGUUAUCUGCGGCGAGCUUGCUAUGAUGGCGCCUUCAGAUCACCAGCAUAUCGCUGUUAUACUGGCCAUGCUCAAUCUAUUUGGUAGUAUUGGCAGUGCAAUUGGAUCGACUGUGUCUGCUGCUAUCUGGACCGGUGAAUUCCCAAAGGCAUUGGCCAGAUAUAUGCCGCCGGAGGUGAGUGUGGCGAAGGUUUAUUCGGAUAUAACGGCCCAGCUGUCGUAUGAAUGGGGAAGCCCGACUCGAAAUGCCAUUGCUCGCGCCUAUGGAGAUGCGCAGCAGUACAUGUUAAUCACCAGUGUUUGUAUGCUGGUAGUUGCUUGGGGAUGUGCUGCGAUGUGGAGGGAUAUCAAGAUAAAAGAUCUCAAGCAGGUCAAGGGGCGCGUGAUUUGA